AGUUUCGUUUAGCCUGAAAUCAGCCUUUCCUUUUUAACUUUCGUGUUUGCUUUCAGUUUAACAUGAAUGUGUUCAUCAGUUCAGGAAGAAAGAGAGCAGAGAGACUCUUCUGGAGUCUGAUCUUCUCGAGCAUCAGCUGUGGUCAUGUUGUGUUUUUGGGGAGCGCAGGUCAGAGAGGGUUUGGGGCUGGUGAAGCCUGACCAAGUCAAACAUGGCAAAUGUGGAAUACGAUCUGUGUGUCCAGAAACAGCAGUUCAGGACAUGUCAGCUGGAAGGAGUUUUGCUGGAUUUAUUCGGGAUGGGAAGGUCUCGGUCCUGAGAUUGCUCAGUGAAGACCGUACUGAUGGGAAACUAAAGCAACUACAGCUAAAGAAUGACAGAAUCAGACUGAUCGUCUGUGGAGGAGAUGGUGCGGUGCUUCUUUCUGAUUCAGGAAAAGUUCUCAUCAUGGACAAACUUACUGUGUGCAGGCCUCUCAAAGGUCUGGAUAACAGGCAGGUGAUUCAGAUCGCAUGUGGAGACCAUCAUUCAAUGGCACUAACCAAGGAUGGUCAGGUGUUGGUAUGGGGUGAGAACUCUCAUGGUCAGCUGGGUUUGAGGAAAGAUCAUCCCGGCUCUCCGUCUGCUCAACAUGUUCAGAGUCUGAGUGGGAUCCCGCUGGCUCAGAUCAGCGCUGGAGGAGACCACAGCUUUGUGUUGUCUCUCUCUGGAGUCGUGUUUGGAUGGGGAAAGAACUCUGCUGGACAGCUGGGCCUCGGAGACACUACAGACACAUCCCAACAAUUAUAAAUAGCCUUCAAUUGAAGAAAACUGUGUCCAUCUCGUGUGGAGGGGAACACACUGCCACUUUA